UUAUUAUCACAAGGAGAAGGCAUUUUGUUUUUGCAAUUUGUUUGUCUCUUUGUAUUCCUUUCCAGCAAAAAAACAUGAAACUCUUUCUUUUACUUUCUUUCAGUGCUCUCAUGUUACUGGAAGCAUACAAGUUUACCGAUGAAACUGAUAAGAAAUCGUUGCUCGAGUUCAAGGCUCAAGUAUCUGAAGGCAGAAGAUCUGUCUUGUCCUCAUGGAACAACUCAUCCCCUCUAUGCAACUGGACAGGGGUUACAUGUGGCCGGAAACACAAAAGGGUUACUGGUUUGGACAUCGGAGGAUUGCAAUUAGGUGGGGUAAUAUCACCAUCUAUCGGUAAUCUUUCGUUUCUCAUAUCACUUAAUCUUGAAAAUAACUCUUUUGGUGGAACCAUCCCUCAAGAGGUUGGAAACUUGUUUAGACUUCAACACUUGUUUAUGGGAUUUAAUUACCUCGAAGGAACGAUUCCAGCUGGUCUUUAUAACUGCUCUAGAUUAUUGACCAUUGAUUUAUUUUCAAAUUUCAUUGGACAAAAUGUUGGUUCAGAAGUAGGAUCAUUGACGGAACUUGUUGUUUUAGAUCUUGGUCUAAACAAAUUGAAUGGAAAGCUCCCUACAUCUCUAGGAAACUUGACAUCCCUCAGAGAACUUGGCCUAGGAGAUAACAAUAUAGAAGGAGGAAUCCCUGACGAUAUGGCUAGGCUGGCUCAAAUGGUAAAUUUUGAUUUAUCAGUGAACAGUUUCUCAAGUGUUUUUCCUCCUGUGGUUUACAAUUGGUCCUCACUUGAGUAUUUGAACAUUUUUAGAAAUGGUUUCUCUGGGAACCUGAGGCCUACUUUUGGUAAUUUACUACCAAACUUACGAGGGUUAUAUAUCGGAAACAAUUCUCUUACUGGUGCCAUUCCAACAACACUUCCCAAUAUCUCAACUCUUCAAGAUUUAAGAAUGGAAGUUAACGGUCUAGUUGGAAGUAUUCCUCCGGGUUUUGGAAAACUACGGAAUUUGAAAUCCAUAUCACUUCAUAGUAAUUUUUUGGGAAGUAACUUUUCUGGAGAUCUUGACUUUCUUGAUGCUUUAACUAACUGCACCCAGCUGCAAAGCAUAAGUGUGGCUAACAAUACACUUGGGGGUGACUUGCCUACCUCCAUUUCCAAUCUAUCAAUCAACCUCAUGGAGUUAACCCUUCAAAUGAACUUUAUUUCUGGAAGCAUUUCUCGUGACAUUGGGAAUCUCAUAAGCCUACAAUCACUUUGGUUGGGAGAAAAUAUGUUAACAAAAACACUUCCAACCUCCCUUGGGACGCUUUCGGGAUUGGUAGAAUUAAGUGUCUAUUCAAAUAAAAUGUCAGGAGAGAUACCAUUUUCUAUAGGAAACAUUACUCGGUUAGAAAAACUCUAUUUGUCCAACAAUAGUUUUGAAGGAAUCAUUCCUACAAGUCUCGGUAACUGUAAUUAUUUAUUACAGUUAUAUGUUGAGAACAAUAAGUUGAGUGGGACUCUACCUCUAGAGAUUCUGAAGAUUGUACGCCUUGUUGUCCUAAGCAUAUCAGACAAUUAUUUGACCGGAUUUCUACCAAAAGAUAUCGGAAGACUUGAAAAUCUUGUUAUGCUAUAUGUUGAGCAUAAUAAACUAUCAGGAAAGCUCCCAGAAACUUUGGGAAAGUGUUUCUCAAUGGAAGAACUUCAGCUGCAAGGAAAUUUUUUUGAAGGAACCAUUCCAGACAUAAGUGGGUUGGUGGGUGUUAAAGAGGUUGAUUUCUCCAACAAUUACCUCUCCGGAAGCAUACCAAUAUAUUUUGCAAACUUUAACUCGUUGGAGAAUCUCAACCUAUCUAUUAACAACUUCGAGGGAAAAGUGCCAACAGAAGGAAAGUUCAAGAAUGCUACUAUAGUUUCAGUAUUUGGAAACAAAAACCUAUGUGGAGGCGUCUUGGAAUUGAAACUAAGUCCAUGCUUAUCGCAAGAACUUGAGAAAAGGGCGAAACACUCAUCUCUUUCAAAGAAAGUUGUGACUGGAGUAAGCAUAGGUGGCUCUGUAUUUAUGAUAUUUUCCAUAGCUUCAGUUUCUCUUUGUUGGUUCAAAAACAGAAAGAAGAACAAAACAAAUGCAGAAACUCCGUCCACCGUUGGGACUUUCCAUGAACAGAUAAGCUAUGGAGAUCUUCGAAACGCAACAGAUGGUUUCUCUUCAAGUAAUUUGAUGGGGUCAGGCAGCUUUGGUGCAGUGUUUAAAGCAUUGCUUCCAGCAAAAAACAAGGUUGUUGCAGUGAAAGUUUUAAACAUGCAGCAACGUGGAGCAAUGAAGAGCUUUAUGGCAGAAUGUGAAUCCUUGAAAGACGUAAGGCAUCGUAAUCUUGUGAAGCUGUUGACGGCUUGUUCAAGUAUUGAUUACCAAGGAAAUCAAUUCAGAGCUCUGAUCUAUGAGUUCAUGCCAAAUGGAAGCUUGGAUAUGUGGUUACAUUCGGAAGAAGUGGAAGAGAUUCAUAGACCAUCAAGAACUUUGACACUUCUUGAAAGGCUUCGCAUAGCGAUAGAUGUUGCUUCUGUUCUGGAUUAUCUUCAUGUUCAUUGUCAUGAAGCUAUAGCUCAUUGUGAUCUUAAGCCAAGCAACGUCCUUCUAGACAAUGAUCUAACUGCGCAUGUUAGUGACUUUGGUCUAGCUCGGAUCCUCCUUAAAUUUGACCAGGAAUACUUUCUCAAUCAACUCAGCUCUGCUGGAGUCAGAGGAACCAUCGGCUAUGCUGCACCAGAAUAUGGACUAGGAGGGCAGAUAUCAACACACGGAGAUGUGUAUAGCUUUGGGAUUCUUGUUCUGGAAAUGUUUAGUGGGAAACGACCAACCAAUGAGGUGUUCGGAGAAAACUUUACCCUAUGUAGCUAUGUCAAAUCUGCAUUGCCAGAGCGAGUAUUGGAAGUCGCAGAUGAAUUUAUUCUUCACAGCGGCCUUAGAAUCGGCUUCCCUGCAGCCAAGUGCUUGACGCUGGUUUUUGAGGUGGGACUGAGGUGUUGUGAAGAAUCUCCAGUGAGCCGGUUGGCAAUGAGUGAGGCUGUAAAAGAAUUAAUCUCAAUCAGAGAGAGUUUCUUCAGAUCCAGAAGAAGAGCUGCGCGUUGAAGUGUUUGUCCUUCCCUCCACAAACUUGAAGACUUAUUUGAUAUAAUUGUCAUGUAUAUUAUGCUUGAACGUUUUGAAUGUAUGCUAUCUUGCUGUGUAAUUUUCUGACACUGGAUGAAUGUUGUUUGACCAAGUUUUUUUUGUAAUUUCUUACAUUUCAC